UCUUAAUUGAAACAUUCAGUACAAUUACCUGAAACUAGUAAAGUCUAGCAAAAAUGUUCAGUCGUUUAUUCCUCAUCGUUUGUGGCUUGGCCCUCUUCAGCGUAGUCUUUGCUCAAGACGCAGCAAAGAAACCCGAAGCCGAAGAAACCGACGACCGUAAUCCAGUUGCUGCCGCCAUAGUCAGCCGAGCCCUCACGCAAAUUUUCGUCGGCGCAGCCCGUAAAUGCUUAGGUGAAGCUGCCCGUGCCUGCCAGCAGCACUCCCGCAACAUCGGUAACGCCUUGCGCUGCGGUCGGGACUUUUUGCGCAACAAUCGCGGACGUUGCGCCGUAGGCAAGUAAUGGGACCGAUUACAAGAGAACCAGUGAUAGCCAGCUCGAUUAUGUCAAGAGCGGCUCCAACUUUCACUGUAAUAUCAUAACCCAAUAAAGACAAUUGGCAUAUCAACUUUA